CCUCCCCUCCUGUGGAUGUACAAACAAGGAAGCUGGGAUGACAUCCCCCCUGCGUUGCUUCAGGGCAAGGCAACCUGUCUGAAAGAAGUCAUUUCCACCAGGAAGUGGAGACUGCCGUAUCAAGAGCAGUUGAAAGAGACACCAAGCAACCAGCUUCCUGCAAAGAAGGCAUUGUAGUGAUGGGGCAAGGAGAAUGCAAGAGUUGCACAGGAGCCGUAGAUGUUGUCAUGACAGCCCAGCAGUGUAUGGAGAAAGAGGAGAGUGAAAGUGAGCCCUCUGGACCCACAGCCAUGGAAGGGAUGUCAUGUGGUGUAUCCAUGACAGAUCCUUCUGCGGCUUUCCAUGGAGAGAGGAGUGCCAUUGCUGCCUACCGAAGUGGUGAUGUUGGCCUGCCUGGAGAAGUGAUGUCUCUACAAGGUAAUGGGCUUGGGGCUCUUAAUGCAGAUGUCAAUCCUGUUGAGAGUAGAAGUAGUGAACAGACAGGAUCGCAGGCUCCCAGCAACAACAAAAAGCACGAUCUCCCAGAAUUUCCUGAGGAUUGUGAGUGCCUGGCAAAUGUGGAGCAAAAUUCAGCUCUAAGCCCUAGAACAGAAUCACUAGCAGUAAGCAUGAUAGGAAUUUUGGAGAUUCCAACAAAGCAUGACCCUGCUGUAGAAGUGAACAAUAAUGGAGAAGAACUGAAAGAUGGACAUGUAGAUGCUGGGAUCGGUGAUUUGGGUUUGAGUGACAGAGUGCAUGAUACUCCUGAUCCCAGUGUGGAAACUGAUAAGCCCAGUGCAAUGGGCAUGGAGCCCAUCAACCUCCAUGCCAACAACAAUAUAACACAGAUUGCAGCUGAAGUGCCUGGGGAACAAAAAAACUUUGAGCCGGAGCUGUCAGGAACUGAAACCAGCAGCUGUAAAGGAAGUGCCGAUUCUACCAGUCUUGAUCAGAGUCUUGCUGUUGCUCUAUGCCACAUUCAUAAACGGAAAGUCAGCACAGACGAACUGUGCAGUGGCUCUACCUUGCACACCGAUUCUGCUGGUGCCUCUGAACUGCCUGUACACUUUCUCAGCCCUGCAGUGUCAUCCGCUGUCGGAGAGGCGACUCUCAGCAAACAAGCAGAGAUGGCAGGAAACGAUUGUGAGCCGGACCGGUUUAGUAAAAGCGCUCAGGAAUUCAUCGCUGUGGCUUCUGCCUUGCUGGUUGAAGAUAUUAUCCAGCAAGCCUGGCUGACCCUUGCUCAGGAGGAGAAUGCCAGAGCAGCCCCUAUCGGUCAGACGGCAUCUCUGCACCUUGAGGACCUUGCCCUGCCUUCUCGUGGCAAGGGCAUGGAGUGUAUGCAGGAUAAUUUAAUGGGCACACCCUCUGCUGUUCAUAAUAAUGAAUCCAAACAAAACCAGGAAGUUGCAGCAGCAACAGCAGCAUCGGAGGAGGUGGCAGCAACCGGACUGACUGCGGUUGCUGAGCAGGGAAGCCCUGUGUGCCUUGGCCUAACAACAGAGAAGCAUUCCUUGGUCGAUCAGCAGCAAAACUUGGGUGAGAAGAGCUCAUCCCCCCAGUUGUCUAAAAGUGGGCAGGAGCUACUUGGCAAAGAGGUGGCUUCUUCAUCAGAAGUCCUGGCAGGAGCAGCUGUUGUACAGUCUCCAGCUUGGACUGAGGGCGAGGAACUCCAGGUAAAUGAAAGGAAUGCCGAAGAUCGCUUAAAGGGAGAAACCUCCAGCCCAGUAGCUGGUGAGAAUGUGAAAGUCAUAGAAGCUGGAGAUCAUCUGCCAAAGCUUGUGCUGUCAGAUGAUGCUCCUCUGUGGGACGGGAAGGCCCUCUGUGCUGAUGCUGUGAUAAACAGUGAAGUUGAUCUUUGUUCUGCUCCAUGUGUGAUUUCUGCACCCGGUGGAGUUUCUGGCUUAAUGGAAGCCCCACUGCUCACCCCCUGUGAGCUACCCACAGGAGUCAGUCUUCCCCAGGAAGAGGAGGCAGUGGAAAAUGUGCCUUCAAGAACAUUGCUUCAGCCAAUUGCUGAAGAGCCCCCAUGUGACUGUGACUCUGGUUCAGAAAUGUUCCUGGCUCAUCCCGACAAGGACAAGGAGGAAGAAAGCCAAGCUGAUCCACAGCGGCAGCUUUUGCCGCCUUCUCCCUGUUGUGCCGUCGAGCUUCCAGAGAAAGUGGGGAUGCACAGUCCUCUUCUGGAAAAUGGUAGUGUCUUGGUGGGUAAUGCUGACGAGAUAACAAAAAACACCAAUGGAGCUACACUGGUGGGAGAGCCACAUGGUCAUUUGGUGUCCCUGGCUGGAAAUCCCAUGGAAGUAUCUCCCUUAAUGGAAUCAAAAUAUGAGGCCCAGCAUGCAGCAGAUCUUGGACCUUUUCCUACUGGAGAAGCAGAUUUAAAUUUGCAACCAGAUGGAUUGGUGAGGAGGGAUGAAAACUUAGGAUCAGCAAGAUCUUCACUUGUUCCGGACACUGUAGAAAUGAAAACGGAAGAAGAGGUGGAUUUUGCAAGGGACCUAACAGAGAUGCCUGCUUCAGAUGGAGUGAUUAACCGUGAAAGCUGGUGCCCUGCUGAAUCUUCUUCAGAUCCCUCACUUUUGGAGCCAAAGCACUCUUGUCAUUCUUCAGAAGGUUAUAAUUUUCUAGAAGACGGAUUAGCUGGUGACAGCACCUCAUUGCAAGGCAUCCUUAAAACAGGGUCUGGGAGUGAGACUGAUCUCUUUCCUCUGUCAGGAGAAGAUGGGAUGGAUGAGGUGGACUUUGGGAAGCAGCCUGAAGAGGAGCAGUCAACUGGAGACAGUACAAGUUCCGGUUCCUCAGCCGAUGAUACGAUAUCACUGGAAAGGAACUCAUCACUUGGAAGUGACAUCUCCCUCCCUCAGGCUUUCAGCCUCAGCAGACCCAAAGACAGGUACAGCCUGGAUGGCACCUGCUUCAACAGAGCAGCAAGUACCGAAGAGCAAGACGGUGAGGCUACUAUCUCCGGAGAACUGGAGGAGGAGCUGGAUAGCAUCACAGAAGUGCCUCCACCUCCUUCUUCCUUAAGGACCUCCAUAAGGCCGUUGUCUCCUUUCCGGCGGCACAGCUGGGGCCCAGGAAAGAAUACCAGCAGCGAGUCUGAGAUCAACCACCGGAGUUCAAUGCGAUUGCUGGGGGAUGGUGUAAGGAAGCCUCCCACUCAUAGAAGAAGUAUGAGUUGGUGUCCCUUGGGGGUCCAAUGCAGUGCUAUGGGUUCCGACCUUAAUGGUAGAAGUUACAGUUUAGAAGGCCUGGCUGGAGAGGCCGACAGCAUUAAGAAGCCAUCCUCCAGUCUGGAGACAGCAUCUCUGAACACCAAAGAUUUGCAUCAAAGUUCCCUAACAAAUGAUGAUCGAGGCUCAUUGGUCUCACUCACUGAAGAGGAGCUGGAAUCAGAGCAAGUGGAAAUGAGAGGCUUUGGCCGCCAGAUACACCAACGAACACAGCCGCGUGCCUUCAACUUUUCCACAACUGCGGUUGCACCUCCAUUGACUAAAUCUAUGUCGCUUAUGACCAUCGCUCAAGCUGGACCAGAAACCCCGGGACGAACUCGGCCAUCCAGACGAAUUUCCUUCUCCUUCAGCAUCUCUCCACUCAUUCCUAAGUCUAAAACUGUCUUUUCUAUUGGCUCUUCUUCCAGUGAUGAGGAGGAGGAGUUGGAUAGUAACCGAUCUUUCAGCAGCACAGGCAGUUCAUUGACUCAGAGCAUCUCCGAGGAGAGUGGCAAUUUCCUGCCUCCCAGCCCCUCCAGAAAAGACUUGGAAGGCAAAAGUGGAACAAAAGUCAGCCGCACGUUCAGCUACCUCAAGAAUAAAAUGUCUAGCAGCAAGAAGAGCAAAGAAAAGGAGAAAGACAAGGAGAAAAUGAAAGAGAAGGACAAAGACGCCAAAGAAAAGGACAAGGACAAGAAGACAAUAAAUGGACACCUCUUUACUGCAACCCCAAUGGUGGGGCCUGUCAGUUGCUAUCAUUGUAUGAAGCCUUUUAACAAGGAUGCUUUUGCCUGUUCAGGCUGUGGCAUUAUUGUCCAUAAAGCCUGCAAGGAGAGCAUGGCUGCUUGUGCCAAGGUCAAAAUGAAGCUCCAGAAAGGAGGCCUUCAGGCGCAUGAUACUUCCUCAUUGCCCACAGUCAUUAUGAGAAGUAAGACCUCUCAGCCAAAGGAGAGACCUCGAUCUGCCAUACUGGCUCCCGAUGAAAGCACUAUGACCUCCUUGUUCAGCAAUAGGAGAUCUCAGCAGAACCUGGCCCUUUCCAAGAGUGUCUCAAUCCAAAACAUUGCUGGAGUUGGAAGCGAUGAAAGCAUUCUCCACACAUGGAAAUUCCUCUCUCAAUCAACAGACUCCUUGAAUAAAAUCAGCCGGGUAAAUGAAUCCACAGAGUCACUAACAGAUGAAGGUGCAGACAUGAAUGAAGGUCAGCUCAUGGGAGAUUUUGAAUCUGACUCAAAGCAGCUGGAAGCCCAGUCUUGGAGUCAAGUAGUAGAUAGCAAAUUUCUCCGGCAGCAAAAGAAAGAUGUGGUGAAGCGGCAAGAUGUCAUUUAUGAACUGAUGCAAACGGAGAUGCACCAUGUUCGCACCUUGAAGAUCAUGAGCGAUGUAUACAGCAGAGGAAUGCUACAGGAGCUACAGUAUGAGCCACAUAUGGUGGAAAAAGUUUUCCCUUGCCUGGAUGACUUGUUAAACAUCCACAGCCAAUUCUUUCAGCGGAUUUUGGAGAGGAAGAAGGAAUCACUCACAGACAGAAGUGACAAGAACUUUGUAAUCAAGAGGAUAGGAGACAUCCUAGUGAACCAAUUUUCUGGAGAGAAUGCUGAGCGAAUGAAGAAAAUCUAUGGCAAAUUCUGUGGGCAUCACAACGAGGCAGUGAAUUAUUUUAAAGACUUGCUCUCCAAGGACAAACGAUUCCAAGCAUUCAUCAAGAAAAAGAUGAGCAGCUCUGUGGUGAGGCGCCUGGGAAUUCCCGAGUGCAUUUUGCUAGUGACCCAGAGAAUCACUAAAUAUCCAGUACUCCUACAGAGAAUAUUACAGCAUACAAAAGAAAAUGACAUUGAACAUCAGGAUCUGGUGCUUUCGCUAAACCUAGUGAAGGAAGUCAUCACUGCCGUGAACAGCAAAGUCAGCAACUAUGAGAAGAAGAUGCGCCUCAAUGAAAUUUACACCCGAACGGACAGCAAGUCUAUCAUGAGGAUGAAGAGUGGGCAAAUGUUUGCCAGAGAGGACCUGAGGCGCAGAAAGUUUAUUCGGGAUGGACCCGUCUCUCUCAAACAUACAGCUGGCAGGUUGAAAGAAGUCCUGGCCGUACUCCUCUCAGAUGUUCUGAUAUUUCUUCAAGAAAAGGAUCAGAAAUAUGUAUUUGCAUCUCUGGAUCAAAGAUCCACUGUGAUCUCGCUGAAGAAGCUGAUUGUCCGUGAAGUAGCCCAUGAGGAGAAGGGUUUGUUCCUGAUCAGCAUGGGAGGAAAAGAUCCGGAAAUGGUGGAGGUUCAUGCCAGCUCCAAGGAGGAACGCAACAGUUGGAUACUCACCAUCCAAGACACAAUUAACACCAUGGAUAAAGAAGAAGAUGAAGGCAUCCCUAGUGAAUCAGAAGAGGAAAAACGAGUGCUAGAUACCAAAGCGAGGGAACUGAAAGGUAAAAAACAUACAGGAGCCUUGACUUAUUUUCCUUGUGGCAACCUCCAGAAGAUAAGGGAGAUUCUGGUCCUCUUGUUCCAAGCGAUGCAGUGCUUUAAAAGUCAGAACUGAACCUGGAAAUGGAUU